AGUUUACUCCUCCGUUGAUUUCAACCUCGCGGCCGUCCCCGUCGAGCUCCCCCGCCGCCGGAGCAAAGAUGGCCGACGACAGCGCCUCCCCGUCGCCGUCCUCGGCCUCGCCGCUCCAGAACCACCGCGACGGAAUCAAGUCAUCAGUGCGCAACACAGCAGCCAGCCGGAGGAGGGAACAAGCUAUUGCAAUUGGGAAGGAAAGACGAGAAGCCUUGAUCCGUGCAAAGCGUGUGUGUCGAGCUCCACUUUCUGGCAGCAAUGAGGCUGAAAUGGAAGAGGGUGAUAUGAUGGUUGAUGAGGGGAAAGCAUCUCUUGAGGCAAAGACUGCUAAUACUGUUGAAGAAUUGAAAUCUGCUUUGUCAAACCAGGGGAAAGGUGCUCAGAAGAAGAAGAUAGAGGUGCUUCGUGAUUUGAGACGCUUGUUGUCACAGCCUGAAGUACCUCUAGUUGAUGCUGCAAUUAAAGCAGGAGCGGUUCCUCUUUUAGUGCAAUAUCUAUCCUUUGGAUCAUCAGAUGAGCAGUUGCUUGAGGCAGCUUGGUGCCUUACAAACAUAGCAGCCGGGGAACCAGAAGAAACAAAAUCCUUGCUGCCUGCUCUACCAUUGCUUAUUGCUCACCUUGGUGAAAAGAGCUCCACACUUGUUGCUGAGCAAUGUGCAUGGGCCAUUGGUAAUGUUGCUGGUGAAGGAGUAGAGCUGAGAAGCACAUUACUUGCACAAGGUGUUUUGCAGCCUCUUACCCGUUUAAUGCUAUCCAAUAAGGGUUCUACAGCAAGAACUGCUGCUUGGGCUAUGUCAAAUCUCAUCAAGGGGCCUGAUCCGAAGGCUGCAAAUGAACUUAUUAACGUUGAUGGCGUGCUAAAUGCAAUCAUAAUGUACCUGGAAAAGGGGGAUGAAGAACUAGCAACUGAGGUGGCAUGGGUUGUGGUCUAUCUUUCAGCACUUUCAGAAAGAGCUAUCACAUUAAUAGUAAGAAGUUCCGUGCCUCAGUUGCUGAUUGGGCGACUGUUCUCAUCUGAUAACUUGCAGAUGCUCAUCCCGGUACUUCGGGCUCUGGGAAAUCUUAUAGCCGCUGAUGACUACAUGGUUGAUUCAGUCCUACUUGUUGGAAACAAUAUCAUUGAUCAAGCAUUGUCAGGUCUUAUAAAAUGUUUGAAGAGUGAUAACAGGGUUCUCAGAAAGGAGGCAUCAUGGGCUCUGUCAAAUAUAGCUGCAGGCAGUUUUGAGCACAAGAAACUGAUUUUUGUCAGUGAGGCCACGCCUCUGCUGAUACACCUCAUCACCAGCGCACAAUUUGACAUCCGCAGGGAAGCAGCAUACACCUUAGGAAAUCUGUGUGUUGUCCCUACUGGAAAUUGUGAACUCCCAACAAUAAUUGUGGAACAUCUAGUAGCUAUCGUCGAUGGCGGAGCCCUUCCAGGAUUUAUACAUUUGGUCAGAUCUGCUGAUGUAGAUACUGCAGGGCUUGGGCUUCAGUUCCUAGAACUGGUGAUGAGAGGGUACCCCAAUAAGCAAGGCCCAAAGCUUGUGGAGAUGGAGGACGGCAUCGAGGCCAUGGAGAGGUUUCAGUUCCACGACAACGAGCAGAUGAGGAACAUGGCGAAUGGGCUGGUCGACGAAUACUUCGGCGAGGAUUAUGGCCUCGACGAGUGAGUGACAUAGCUGAAU